AUGAAUUCGGCAUGUGCAAAUUAUAAGAAAAGAAAUUCAAUUCAGGAUCAGGAUCAGGCAGCUCGAAUCUACCUGCAUUGCUUUUAUUUUAUACCUCAAGAAAGAUAUUACUCUAAUUAAAUCUGGAUACAAUAAGAAAAAGAAAAAUUACCCAAAAUUAAAAUUGAAGAGAAGUAUGAAAAAAUUAAUGAGUAAAAUUUAGAGUCCUUAAACUUAAUUUCAGAGCUCUGGCAUUCCAUAGGUUUUACUCUUUCAAAUUUCCAUAUUUUGAGAGGAUAAGGGUACUACACUGCCUUCGAUAUUUUUAACAACUUUUUAAAGGCUGCUCUGCUAUCUAACAAUAUAGGAGAUUCAUCUGUGAUUUAUGCUCCGGAUAAGUUGCAAGUUUUAGAUACUUGCCCUCUAUCACAAAAUUAACCAGAUAACAGCAAAUUAUAAUAAAUAAAAGCAAUGAGUGUAAAAUAAUACGAAGCAAGGUUAAUCAUAGCAGGCCAAUUCUUUUGUUUAACUGGAGUCAAGAUCUAUUUCUCCCUUAUAUGGCUAUUAGCCCUUCACUCUACCAGAAGUAGCAAUGCCACAUUUAAACUUCAUCAGGAAGCAGGUCAUCUUGUAUGA